AUGGCGUUGGCCUCCCGCUUCUUUUUCCCCCUAGGGCCAGAGCACAGACUGGCCCAGGCGGUCUGCGAGUAUGAAGCUAUUCUGCAAGCCAGCGAAAAGACAGUCUUCCGCUCACUACGUUCAGACAGGCCGCCCGGUUUAUCUGAUGUGAUGGAAAUCACUGCUGCUGUUGACCGCAAUAUAAAAGGUCGCCGUUGCUUCGGACCCCGCCUCACUAGUAUUCUAGAGUCGGUUCAACAGUUCUCGACAAUAGUCAACGCUGUUGUCGGCAGCUCUCGGUAUACACUUGCAAACGCAAUCUGGAGCGUCUUGAGGACGACUUUGCUAAUCACGUCAACAUUUGGAACGUAUUUCGAUAGAUUAUCUGCCCUGUUCAUGAGGAUUCGAAUACACUCCCCCCAAUACCAGGAAUGCGGUCUGCUAUAUUCAAGGUCCCUCCCAAUACAAGAUGCGCUUUCUGAGUACUUCUGCGCAAUCUUUGAUUUGUGCACAAAGGCCAUUCUCUUCCUCCGAAAACCUCCCAUUGCUCAAUUGACAUCAACCAUUCUCAACAGUUUUCAAGCCGAGUUUGGCCCUCUGGAAGCCCAAAUUGCAAAGUUGGCGAGGUUGUAUGGGAAGACAGUCUUCCUGGCAACUCAGGAAGAGGUACGAGAUGAAAGCAAGACGGCCUGGAGUUUUCGAAAUCCUUUUUCAGGCGCACAGGUUGCGCGCCAGAAAAAGCUGCAAUUCCUUGAUGCUUGUUCAACCUUCGCCAAUAUAGGUCAUGGAAGCAAGCACAAAAAUUGGGGAUAUGCUCUUGGAUCUUCGACCAACCUGCUUAUAGGCAGUGAACUCAAGAAUCGUCGUCGGGUGUGCUGUGGUGUACCGGCGGGCCCGGAUCAGGCAAAACGCUACGAUGACGCAAAAUCGAUGAAGGCUAGGACCAUACUUGGUAGCCUGGCGAGGCAGCUUCUGAGAGAGACACGCCCAGAGGCCUUUGAUUCGAUUGAGAUUGAUGGUUCGAAGACAUUGGAUGAGGAUGAGAUUAUUUCGAACCUCGUUCCUCUGCUCGCAUCCACGAGUUGCGCAUAUUUUGCUGUCGUCGAUGGAAUAGACGACUGUGCCGAGGGGGAACUAUGUAGGCUUUUACGAAGCCUCCACAUUGCUCCACUCAAUACACCGCUUUCGCAUAUUCUGCUCAAAUACGAAAUCGAAAGCUUUAUUAACAACGCGUUGGAGGAACGUCUUGCACUAGGUAGCCUCACUUUGGAUGACCCGAGCAUUAUCCUAAAGAUUAGGAAGGCUCUACUCGAAGGAAGCGAGGGAACGUUUCUUUGGACUGCACUACAGCUCGACUCUACAUGCGCCGAGGCGUCGGAUAAGGGGAUUCUGACUGCUCUUCAGUCGUUACCGAAAGACUUACCACGUGUUUUUGAACACAUUUUGCAAAAGUUAUCUGAAAAGUAUCCCGAAUUCGUCCAGAUUACACGGAAAACCUUCACCCUUGUUGCCGCAGCUCAGCGGCCACUGACAGUCCAGGAACUCCGCGAGGCUGUGAGCAUUUUGCCGGGAGACACGCGGGGUCCCGGAUUGCCGCACGACAUGAGAAGUGUCUUGGGUAAAUGUGGAGGCCUGCUCAUUGUUGACGAGGAAGAUGACACUGUUCGAUUUGCUCACCCUAGUGUCCGACAGUAUCUUACCCUCACUUCCGAACACACAACAAAAAGCCAGUUCCAUGUGGAUUUACGUGAAGCGGAUAUCACCAUGGGGGAGAUCUGCGUCACUCAUCUCCACCCAGCCUUUUUCGAAAGUGGAUAUGUCACGAGCAACAGUCGUUGGUGGAUAAAGUCAUCUGCAAAAGCUUCUACUAUUGUUCUCCCUGGCCUGCCCUCUGAAAUAGUCGCCCGGCAUUCGCAGACACUUUUGAAACGUAACAGGAAGCCGGACUUCGAUGCGGGGCGUUACCUUGAAGAAGCAGAUGGACAUGCAAUUCCUAAGCGAGAACUAUGGACGCAUGCGUUUCUUCCUUAUGCAAGGGAAUUCUGGUUGUUUCACACAAAAUCCUUCGAAGAAAACAAGCAAGUCUCGUACCGCUUGUGGUACCAAUUCAUACGUUUCCAAACCCUGCGAGUCACACUCCCUUGGGCACCUGAAGCGUGGUUUCGUCGAGACAAAAGUCUUCUCGAAUGGACGGUCGAUAAUGAACAAGGCGCCAUCCUCAAUCUCAUCAUCACAGAACUCGAAGAAUAUUCAGAGGUUGAGCGUGUGUGGCAGGUGCUACUUGCGAAAGGGGUGUACCUCGGAUUAGACGGCUUACAUGGUAGCGCCACAUUGCAGCGAGCUGUCAGUUCUAUAACUGCCAAAAUGGUACCAGAAUUAUUCGAACGUAUGCUCGAACGUCCCACGAACCUGGACCCUCGAAGUGCUCCUUUGUGGUGGGCAGCUCAACAGAGAGACGAGCUUUUCAGAUUGGUGCUCAGUCAGGAAAACCGCCGAGUCAACUGUACAGAUCCAGGAGGGAGGUCGGCUUUACCAUGGGCGGCUCAGACGGGACGGCGUGAUAUUGUAGUGCAGUUACUGGAACAGGACGACAUCAAUGCAAAUUCGAGUGAUGAAAACGGCCGCACCCCCCUGUCGUUUGCGGUUGAGAACGUCGGUUCUCAGGUAGCCACGCUCCUGCUAAUGCGACCUGAUAUUGAUUUCGAUGCAAAAGAUCGCUAUGGGCGGACUGCACUGUCGAGGGCUGCCGAAUGUGACAAUCAGAACGUGGUCAAGUUACUUCUCGACCACGAUAGUGCUGUUGCCGAGUCUCAGGAUCUGGAGGGGAGAACACCUUUGUCGUGGGCAGCCGGGAAGGGGCACGAAGCAACAGCUCGAUUGCUCAUCUCUCAUGGAGCCAAAGUGGACUCGGUUGACGGACUGGGACAGUCACCACUCUCGUGGGCAGUCGAAUAUGGCCACUACAACAUAGCGAAACUUCUUGUGUUGGAAGGGAAGGCCAACCCGCACCUUGAAGACUAUCGUGUUCGCACACCGCUAUUGCUGGCUGUUGAGAACGGACACGCGGAGAUUGUCGAGGUUUUUCUUGAAGCCCACAGAGCUAACACGAUAUCCCUCAGCGAUCACGGCAAAGAGCUACUCAUGCUGGCCGCGAUCCGAGCUGGACAUCAGGCGAUUAUCCAAUUACUGCUGCAUGAAUGGGGAACUCCCGGUUCCUCUGGGGCGACUGCUCUGCAGACAGCAUUGUCUUAUGGACACACUGACAUUUCUAAACUUUUGCUAGCUCGGUACUCGGAUUGGGUCGCGAAAGAGAAGUUUGAAUGGCUCGGAGCACUUAUAGACGCCGGAUUUGAGCCCGACGAUAGCCUGGCGCUGCUUCUCGAAACUGAAUCACCCGAGCCGUGGGUCAAAUAUGGGUUGCCCGACACCGAGACGAUGGAACUCGUCUCCAUUGAUGCGAAUGAAAGGGUGGACUUCCACCAUGUGUCAUGCGCUCACAAGGAGAGUUCCGGUGGUGGAUUUGCCUAUGACCAACUGGCUAAUCCGACUACUUUCCACAUGAGACGGGAACUGGUGCAAAGGGUUAUUGCCGCGUGUGGGCUUGCAGGAGUGCUGCCUCCCUUGAGGUAUUUGGAUUGUCCGCCCAACAAAAUCGUCCCCAUUUUGCAGGCGCCGCCACAGCACUCGGGUCGCUCACUCGAGGACGCCAAUGAGGCUUUUAGCCAGGUCGAGUUCGAGGAAAACGAGGCCACAAUUGUCUACGCCCACAGCUACGAAUGGGCUGGAACCCCAGGUGAUAUUGAAGACACGACUCGAUGGAUUACACCCGCCGGUUCAGGCACUCCGUAG